GUGUCGUACUUGCUCAUGGAAUUGAAUUUCCUGCGUGACUCGUUGUUUGCCGCAUGCAGGCACAGCAUUGGGUGGUUAACCAUCAACUGGGCGGGCUUAAAGUAGUGAAUACUUCUCUACAAUUGGCCAUUUUUUGCGCUCCUCUCGGUGAUAUUUGCGAUUCACACAACAAGGUUGGUUACACUUCAAAAGCUGUCAACGGAGAAGGAAGCAGUCAAACGUCAACAAAACGGUUUAUCUGAAUCAAACCCAAUGAAGAAUGGCUUAUCAUCAGGAGGUCAUAUCUGGACUUACCCACUCAUAGGCAAUCCGCACAAGAGGCUGAUCUGAGAAUGACCACUCCGCGUCCCCCUGUCACCAUCACAGGCUCCGUACCCUAAUCAGACUAACCCCCUCAUCCCCCACCCCAGCCUGCCGUCCCUCUUCUCUUCUCAGGUCUGACCACCGGAACCCCCUGUGAGUCAUUGCAGCGUGCCUCUGCCCCCUGGCACGGCGCCUCUCGCUGGGUGAGUGGCGGGCGUGCGUGCGUGCGGUGAGCGGCGUGCGAUGGCGCGGCGGUACGCUGAGGCUUGUAGCCGCCGCCGUCGUGGACUGUGAUGUCAGAGGCGGGCAGCCAGGGUGCGAGCCAGCGCGGCGCUCCCAGAUUCUUUGUGGGCGAGGAGGACGACGAUGAGCGCGAGGGAACGGACCACGGCUGCAGCAUGAGGACCGACGUGGAGCUGUACGAGGACGACGAGGAGGCCGACUCGCCUCCAGAGAGGCAGAUCGUGAUGGGGAUCUGCUGCAUGAUGAAGAAGUCCAAGUCCAAACCCAUGACUCAGAUCCUGGAGAGACUGUGCCGCUUCGAGUACAUCACCGUGGUGAUCUUCCCCGAGGACGUCAUUCUCAACGAGCCCGUGGAGAAGUGGCCACUCUGUGACUGCCUCAUCUCCUUCCACUCCAAAGGCUUUCCACUGGAUAAAGCAGUAAGCUACGCCAAACUCAGAAACCCACUUCUGAUCAAUGACCUGAAUAUGCAGUACUACAUACAAGACAGGAGAGAGGUGUACCGUAUCCUGCAGGAGGAGGGCAUUGACUUGCCGCGCUACGCCGUGCUCAACCGGGACCCAGACAAACCACAAGAGUGUAAUCUGGUGGAGGGGGAGGACCAUGUGGAGGUGAAUGGAGAGGUGUUCCCCAAACCGUUUGUGGAGAAGCCGGUGUCUGCCGAGGACCACAACGUCUACAUCUACUACCCCACCUCAGCCGGCGGAGGCAGCCAGAGACUCUUCCGGAAGAUCGGCAGCAGGAGCAGUGUGUACUCUCCCGAGAGCAACGUGAGGAAAACUGGCUCCUACAUCUAUGAGGAAUUCAUGCCCACAGAUGGCACAGAUGUUAAGGUGUAUACUGUGGGUCCCGACUAUGCGCACGCCGAGGCGCGCAAGUCCCCUGCACUGGACGGGAAGGUGGAGCGGGACAGCGAGGGAAAGGAGAUCAGAUACCCAGUCAUGCUGACCGCCAUGGAGAAACUGGUCGCUCGCAAAGUCUGCCUGGCCUUCAAGCAAACCGUGUGCGGAUUUGACCUGCUCCGAGCCAACGGCCACUCUUAUGUGUGUGACGUCAACGGAUUCAGUUUUGUCAAGAACUCUAUGAAGUACUACGAUGACUGUGCCAAAAUCCUGGGGAACAUUGUGAUGCGGGAACUGGCCCCACAGUUUCAGAUUCCCUGGUCCAUCCCCACUGAGGCUGAAGAUAUCCCCAUCGUCCCCACCACCUCAGGCACCAUGAUGGAGCUACGAUGUGUCAUUGCUGUGAUCCGACAUGGCGAUCGGACCCCUAAACAAAAAAUGAAGAUGGAAGUCCGCAACCCCAUGUUCUUUGAGUUGUUUGAGAAGUAUGGAGGCUAUAAGACAGGCAAACUGAAACUGAAGAAGCCUAAACAACUCCAGGAAGUGCUGGACAUUGCUCGGUUGCUGCUAAUGGAUCUGGUGCAGCACACAGAGGUGGAGGUGGAGGAGAAGAAGUCUAAACUGGAGCAGCUCAAGACCGUGCUAGAGAUGUAUGGCCAUUUCUCUGGGAUAAAUAGGAAAGUUCAGCUGACCUACCUGCCACAUGGACAACCCAAGACCUCCAGUGAGGAAGAGGAUGCCCGUAAGGAGGAGCCAUCCCUGCUGCUGGUGCUAAAGUGGGGUGGGGAGCUGACCCCAGCUGGCCGGGUUCAGGCUGAGGAGCUGGGCCGAGCCUUCCGGUGCAUGUACCCUGGAGGACAGGGUGACUAUGCUGGGUUUCCUGGUUGCGGUCUUCUUAGACUUCACAGCACCUACCGCCACGACCUCAAAAUCUACGCUUCUGACGAGGGCCGUGUGCAGAUGACCGCUGCGGCCUUUGCCAAGGGUCUGCUGGCUCUGGAGGGUGAGCUGACGCCCAUCCUGGUCCAGAUGGUGAAGAGCGCCAACAUGAACGGCCUGCUGGACAACGACAUCGACCCGCUCAGCAGCUGCCAGCACCGCGUCAAGGGCCGCCUCCACGAGAUCAUGCAGAAGGACCAGGACUUCACCGACGAGGAGUAUGACAAGUUGGCCCCCACUGGUAGCUGCUCCCUUGUCAACUCCAUGAAGGCGAUAGGAAACCCUAUGCUUAUGUGUGACAGUGUCUACGCCCUCAUCCAGAGCCUCACCUCACAAAUCCGCAAGAAGAUGGAGGAUCCCAAGUCCGCAGACCUGCAGCUGUACCACAGCGAGACCCUGGAGCUGAUGCUGCAGCGCUGGACCAAGUUGGAACGAGACUUCCGCAUGAAGAGCGGCCGCUACGACAUCAGCAAGAUUCCUGACAUCUACGACUGCAUCAAGUACGAUGUGCAGCACAACGCCUCCCUGGGCCUGGAGAACACUGUGGAGCUGUUCACCAUGUCACGCGCGCUGGCUGACAUUGUCAUACCGCAGGAGUAUGGCAUUAAUAAAGUGGAGAAGCUGGACAUCGCCUAUGCUUACUGCCUCCCUCUGGUCAAGAAGAUCCAGCUGGACCUGCAGAGGACUCAUGAGGACGAGUCUGUGAACAAGCUGCACCCUCUGUACUCCAGGGGAGUUCUGUCUCCAGGACGACAUGUGCGCACACGUCUCUACUUUACCAGCGAGAGCCACGUGCACUCGCUCCUUAGUAUCUUUCGCUAUGGAGGCCUUCUCGAUGAGGAGAAUGACCAGCAGUGGAAGAGGGCGAUGGACUACCUGAGUGCUGUUUCUGAGCUCAACUACAUGACUCAGAUAGUCAUCAUGCUCUAUGAGGACAACAACAAGGACCCUUCGUCAGAGGAGCGUUUCCACGUGGAGCUACACUUCAGCCCGGGGGUGAAGGUGAGCGAGGAGGAGAACGCUCCCUUGGGCUUCGGCUUCAGGCCAGCGUCCAGCGAGAAUGAGCAGAAACAGACGGACCCUGGCAGCCUGGAGAAUCUGUCUCGAGAUGAGCCAGACCGCGCCCUUCCUCUCUCUGACUCAAUCAGCACACAGAGACGCUCCCCCCUCAUCCGCAACAGGAAGACUGGCUCCAUGGAGGUCCUGUCUGAAACGUCCUCGUCUAAAGGGGGAAGCUACCGCCUCUUCUCCUCUUGCUCACGCCAGUCCCCUGAGAUGAAACAAAGUGGCCUAGGCUCCCAGUGUGCAGGCCUGUUCAGCACCACCGUGCUGGGGGGCUCCUCUAGCGCCCCCAACCUGCAGGACUACGCACGCACCCACCGCAAAAAAUUCUCCUCCGGAAGCUUGUCAUAUAAAGACGAAUUGUUGUGUAUGCCGGCUGUAAAGCGAUUUUCUGUGUCGUUUGCAAAGCAUCCGACUAAUGAGCCUUUGGAGGAGCACCACGUGGCCCAGCUGCUGCGGCGUUUCUCCACCGAGCCGUGUGUGGGCCUCCCCCUGUGCCUGGACGCAGGGCUGGCCCACCACCUCCAACAGUGCUCCUACCACCUGCGCCUCUUCCGCAACUGGCUCAUCUCUGGCCAGCACCCGCUAGAGUACCUCUACGGUUUUGAAGGCUGCUCGAUGGUGCCCUCCAUCUUCCCAUUGGAGACCCUGCACAACUCGCUUUCUCUCAAACAGGUGGACGAGUUUCUCACCGCAGUGUGUGAAAGUGCCGGAGACUCGCAUGCCCGAUCCACCAGAGCCUUGUCAGCCAUGUUUGAUGCCCAAAACCAGCCCUGUGUGGACUCCUACAUCCCUCAGCGUGUGCUGUCAUCGUCCGUGUCACUACGGCAACGCUCCGACAGGCCCCCCUGGUACAGCAGCGGUCCCUCCAGCACAGUGUCCAGCGCCGGCCCGUCUUCGCCCACCACAGCCGACACGUCGCCCCGGUUCAGCUUCAGCGAGAAGAUGCCACUGACCCCCCAGAGCAGCGAGGAGGCCCACUCCGCCCAGCACAGCCUCCGCAACACCCCCACCAGCCCCCCCGCACUGCCCACACACACCCACACCGUCCACCAGACCAGCCCUGGACAGGGCACCGAGGACCGGCCCGACGUGGAUGGCGCUGAGCAGAACGUGGAGCUGGCGAAGGAGCCAGAGGAAGUGGACAGGGCAGAGGAAGAGGAGGAGGGGGAGGGCAUGUCCGAGCUGGAGUGCCCGGCGCUGUCGGGGCUGGUGCGUGGGGAGCCGCUGUGCUCGGUGCCCGGCUCGCUGCCCGUUCUGCUGGAGCUGCGGGAGAGUAGCUCAGAGGCCGGGUCCAGCACGCAGACGCCGCUCUCGCCCGAGCAGCCCGAGCACUACUUCGACACGCAGGAGUCGCUGGACCCCUGGACGCCCGUCGCCCUGCCCCACCCCGGCACCCCGCUGGAGGUGGGGGGGCCGCCCCACGUGCCUGAACCCUGACCUCUGACCCCGGGAGGGGGAACGAGACGAGACGAGGCAGACGGACAGGUCAGGAGGAGGAAGAGAGGGAACUCUCACAGGGCAGGAGAAGAGUGGCGUGAGAAGGAACGAUCGCUCGAUGGCAAAAAAAAAAAAGGUUAUUGAGAAGAGUUGGCGAAAAAGAAACGGAAG